AUGCCUAUACCAACGCACUUGCCAUGCAUUUCAGUGAGUGUUAACAGUGAUCGUGAUUCUUUGAUAUCGCAAUACUUCUCUCAAGACAUGACAAAUCUUGAAAUAAUAUCUUUUCUUGCAAUUCAUCACAGUAUUUACAUAAGUUUGUCAACAUUGAAAAGAAGUUUAAAAAAAAUGUGCUUGAGACGACGCAUUGGUCAGUACGAGUCCAAAGAGGAAGUGAUUCAAGCGAUUUCAAGUGAAUUGACUGAAAGUGGAAAGUCACUAGGCUACAGAAAGCUGUGGAAGGCCAUAAAGGCAAACGGAAUAUCAGCCAGAAGAUCAUCUGUCAUGGAAAUUUUAAGAGAGUUGGAUCCAGUAGGAGUUGAAAGUCGCGCAAAGAAACGGUUGAGGCGCCGAAUCUACAGCGUACCUGGGUCAGAUUUUUUAUGGCACUUGGACGGGCAUGACAAACUGAAGCCCUACGGUUUCAGUAUACACGGUUGUAUUGACGGGUUUUCCCGCCGAUUAAUUUGGCUCGAAGUUGGACCCACAAAUAAACGACCAGAAGUUGUUGCCAACUAUUUCUUAGAAGCUGUAACCCAGUUGAACAGACUACCUACUAGAAUAAGAAGCGAUGACGGGACCGAGAACAGCAUAAUCGAGGCCAUUCAGAUAUGCAUGAGGGCUGAUCACACGGAUGAGUAUGCUGGUCUCGGCAGUUUCAUCGUGGGAUCCUCUCCGAACAAUCAAAGGAUUGAAUGUUUUUGGUCGCAGUUGGCCAAGGAUAGACCAAUGUGGUGGAGAGAGUUUUUUGCAGAGCUUUCUGGGAUGGGCUAUUUGGAUGGUGGCAAUGUAUUGAUUGCUUAA